CAGGUAAAGAAACCACCUGCACUGCAGAAGACUCAAGAGAUGUGGGAUUGAUCCCUGUGUCAGGACGAUUCCCUGGAGGAGGGCAUGCCAACCCACUCGAGUAUUCUUGGCUGGAGAAUCCCAUGGACAGAGGAGCCUGUGAGGUGCCUGUCUCUCUAUUUUCUCCCUGAGAUUGGGUACAACACUCCAAGAGCCAUUUCCAGAUCAAGAGCUCUUCUUCUCCUUCUGUGUGUCCAUUCAAUCCAGUGUGGAUACCCUAUCCCUGUCAAAGAGAGAUUGGGGAUCUGAGUUUAAGCAAAAGUGAGAAGGCAACUAAAGAAACAACACAGAAUGGAGCACUGGAACUCCACCCUGGGAAGUGGCCUCGUAUUGAUGGGGAUUCUGAAUGACAACGGGUCUCCUGAGCUGCUCUGUGCUACAGUGAUGGUCCUAUACACACUGGCCCUCACCAGCAAUGGCCUGCUGCUCUUGGCCAUCACAAUGGAUGCCCGGCUCCAUGUGCCCAUGUACCUCCUGCUUGGCCAGCUCUCUCUCAUGGACCUCCUCUUCACAUCUGUUGUCACUCCCAAAGCCAUCAUAGAUUUUCUGCUCAGUGAAAACACCAUCUCCUUUGGGGGCUGUGCCCUUCAGGUGUCUCUAGUACUGACCCUCAGUGGUGCAGAGGACCUCCUACUGGCCUUCAUGGCCUAUGACAGGUAUGUGGCCAUUUGUCAUCCUCUGAACUACAUGGUCCUCAUGAGGCCGAGGGUCUGCUGGCUCAUGGUGGCCACAUCCUGGGUCCUGGCACCCCUGAAUGCUUUAGGUCAUACACUGUAUACCAUGCACUUCUCCUUCUGCAUGUCCCAGGAGAUCAGCCACCUCCUCUGUGAGAUCCCACCUCUGUUGAAGUUGGCCUGUGCAGAUACUUCCAGAUAUGAACUCAUGGUGUAUAUGAUGGGUGUGACCUUUCUGAUUCCCCCUUUUGUUGCUUUACUUGUCUCCUAUUCAGUAAUCCUACUUACUGUGCUCCACAUGCCCUCAAAUGAAGGGAGGCAGAAAGCCCUGGUCACCUGCUCUUCCCACCUGACUGUGGUCGGGAUGUUCUAUGGAGCUGCCACAUUCAUGUAUGUUCUGCCCAGUUCCCUCCACAGCCCCAAGCAGGACAACAUUAUUUCUGUCUUCUACACGAUUGUCACCCCAGCCCUGAACCCCCUCAUCUACAGCCUGAGGAAUAAAGAGGUUAUGGGGGCCUUGAGAAGGGUCUUACAAAAAUACAUGGUGUGGACACACUCCUGACACAGUUACAAAAUAGACAUGGUAGGGGACUAAGUUUCAAUCAAUAUCAUGUAUCAGUGAUCAAUAGCAGUAGAUUUAGUCUGAGCAAACUCCGAUAGCCUCUUAAAAUCAGAAGACUUCACUUGUUUGAACAAGAUUCUUAGACUGUUGCAGGAAUAAGAAUCCUCAGAAGAUAUACUGGACUUCUUGUCUGUUAUGUAGCUGUUCUUCAAAUAAUUAUUUGGAAAGAAGAAUCAGUUUGUGUCUAUGCAUCUACUUCAGUUUCAAGGGACAGUUUUUGUUGAGAUAAUGGAAAAAUCCAAAUGGGAAAAUUUAAUAGUGACUUGAUUUAAAAUUAAAAGAUAGAAACCAA